AUGAAUAUGUAAUAAAAUAAUUAUUGCUGACGACCGGUUUGAAGGUGUUCUGCAGACUUACAAUUUGGUAGGUAGCAAAAACAGAUUCCCAAACUUCCGCAAUAAUGAACUCUCUCUUAUAUUUUAUAACUUUAUUAGACGUAUAUUAUAUGGGUUAGAAGUAGCGGACUUAUGGCACGAUCUCAAAUUUUAAAGGCACGUGAAAACAUUGUUUAGCUCAUAGUUCAAUCUUGUUUACCUAGUUACAUAUUUUAAUGAAAAAUAUUAAUCUUUCAGCUUUUUACACUCAAUAUUUAUGUAAGCGCAUUUGUUUAUUUUCGAACAUUUAAUGAAUGCGAUCAAAUUAAAACAGAGCACAGUGGAAAUUAAAUUUAUAAUAGAUGAGUUAAUGUCGUUUGUUUUUUAAACUAACAAAAUUAUACACCUGAUAUUAAACAAUUUUUGAAAACAUUUUUAAAAACCCCACCACACCGAAACAAUGUUUGUAGGAGUGUACAUUUUUUUGAAUAUGUACCUACUCUGGUUCCAAAACGUUGACCGUCUUAAUAUUUCAAAGUUACCUAUAUUGAUAGGGACUAAUUAAUUUGCUAAAUAGUGCAAAUAGUGGCGACUUAACAUAGGAUUUCUAAUAAGUUUGGUACGCUAAUACAGUGGGUACCUAUCUACCUAUGCAUAGUAUUUUAGACUUUUUCAGAAAUUUUUAUACAAAUUACAAUUUUAAUAAACUUUAUGUAAUAUAAUUAAUAUGUUGUUAUGUUCACAGAACGACAGAACACUGGAAGCAUUUUAAAUAGCGCUCUGAUAUUAUUAUUUAUCAACAAUAAAAUCGGAUGUACCUAUUUGUAUAGGUAUCUAUUGAAUUAUAUUUCAAUUGCGUCUUGUUUAAAUAAAUCAAUCGGUUGCUCUUAGAAAUACAUUCAUUAGAUCGAAAAAAAUUGACAAACAACUAACAAGUAUAUUAAUUGAAUAUCAAAAACCAAUAAAAUGAUUUAUGCUGUAUAUUUUACAAAAACAACAUCACUAUACUGGUCGGAGCGCAUUUUGGCAUCAUGUUUAGGCCGGGCGCACACCAAAGCAUAGUACAUUUACUUUUUUGCAUUUUAAAAUAAUAAAUAACAUCUAUUACCGAAUAAUAUUUUUUUUGUUUCUAUGGAAAUAUUUUACAUAAAUAGUUUAUUUUAUUAUUUUUUUUAAAAAUUUUUUCUUUUUUUUAUCAAAUUCAAAAAAAGGUACCGGUAUAGUUUACGAACAUGCUUAUUAUAUAAAUAUGUCUAAUAACACUUGUGAUGCCAUAAGGCAUAAAACUAAAAGAUUCAGCUUUAAGAGAAAGCCGUUUAAUUCGAAUCAAAAAGGAAACGAGCCAAAAAGAGAGACAAAAAAAGAUGUGAAAAUAGAGACGAAAGUGCAUGAAUACCAGGAACCUCAAGAACAUCACAGAAAGUCAGAGGUUGGUUUCCACAAUAAACCAAAAAAGGUAGAUGAUAAAAUUAAUCACGACCAUAAUGAGCAAAAAGAAACAAUAACACAAGAUGAUAAUUCUAAAAUGCCGAAUGGUUUUGAAAACAAAGCAACACAAACAAGAAUUUGUUGUAUUCAUAACCACUGCAAGAGAAAACAGCGAAAACGAAACGGAAAUUUUUUUCCCGAAGCGUGGUCUUGUUUAACAAAUUUGUGUAAAUAAAAAAAAAAUAAUAAUAUUUAUAUCUGAAUUUUUUUUAUUCCAACUUUUUUACAUUUUAAUUGGUACAUAAAUGAAUUCUAUUAUUGAUUAAAGGAUUGCUAAUUUUAAAUUUCUAAUUUUAUUUUACACUAUAAUAUUAUGUUUUUACAUACAGACUUAAAAUUUGUAUACAUUAAUAAAUUAAUUUGAUCAAGUCUAUUAAUUGUAAAAUCAUUUAUUUAUCAUAUUUUUAAAAACAAUUAUUAUGCUAGUAUCAAUUAAUACAAGAAUUAAUUUAUGUAUUGAAAUGUAAAAAGGUUAGAAUAAAAAAAUAUAAAAA